AGGCCUUGGCCUUCGCCAGUUCAAGGGGCGAAGGGCUGGCUCGCGAUGGCGGGUGAAGACCUUGCACGUGAUUUGGCAGCUUUGGAAGCUCGCUUUCAGAAGCUGGAGCAUUCCUUGCAGCUGCUCAGCGUCCAGCUGGACACACGCGUGGCUGCCCUCGAGAAGCAUUGGCACAAUGACGGUGCUGCUGCUGCAGCCUGUGAUUUGCAUGUGCCUGCGCGAUGUCAGGACGGUGCUGAGCCGCCUCCGGAGCCUCCUCGCCCACUAAUGCCCUGUUUCGAGCCCCCUCGUCAGCUGGCGGUCAAGGAGGCAGACAACGAUGCUGAGGAGAAGCAGGAGGAGGAUGAAGUGUUUGAUGGGUCGGACAAUGCCAAUGUGCGCUUGGCAGUGCCAGUCGCAUCGACGAAAAAGUCCAAAGUCAGCUUUUUCGGCGCUCAGCCGAAGACAAGCUUGAUUGAACCGAAGGAAGCCCUUGCAAAUUACAACGCCCGCGCGUCUGUGAUGCAGCGGAGAGAGCGCGGAGUGGACGAACAGUUCCUGGACACAGCCACUCAGGAGUACUAUGCAUUUGGCGAGUCAACCUGGGACCUGGCCAUGUUCAUUGGGACUGGGGCACUGGGACCCGCGGGUUCUUUUCAAACGCUUAUCCUGCUUUUGACCAACGUCUUCAUUCAGGGAAUCUUCGUUGGCAUUGCUUGGUACAACUUCCUGGUGCCCGACUUGGACGCGGACACCGUGAAUGACGCGUGGCGUUGGCGCAGGUCCUCUGCGCACACGUUGAGCGAGUAUGAUGAUGUUGCGCAGAUGUCAUUGGCCCAGCGAGUUUGCAGAGGCGACAAGUCGCUCCACAUCUCCGGUGUUCAGAUGGGGCUCAACGAAGACAUUGAGAAAUACCUGAAGCCAGACGCGACAGGCUUUGAAGCGUAUUUCACUGGCCAAGUGCUGUGUCUGGUUGCUCUUGUUUGCUGGUACCUUAUGGUUGCCAAAGAAGUCAGCCAUGCUCUGGCUUUGCACCGCGGCUUCCUUGCAGUCCCCCGAGGGGAAAAUAAGCUGGAGCCAAGAGAGAACCCUUUUACGCAGAUUACCCACUUUCGGCUAGUUUCUGUCACCAGUCGGCGCGUUCUGGGAAGCUACAUCCUUUUGAUCUACAGAUUGUUCGCUGCAGCAUUGCUGAUCUACGUUGGGACCUUCUUCCUUGUGUAUACAGUAAACGUCACUGAGCUCAUUCUUAAUGCAGUUGCGCUGGAAAUUAUUUUGGAGAUUGAUGAGUUGAUAUUUGACGCGCUUGCUACCACUCCUGGCCGGCAUUUGGUGCAUCACCUUGAGCCAUUGCCCAUGCCAUCUCUGCCACGAUUCCGUGGAGCCGAUGCCAAGUCCCUGAGCAUGAGCGUUUUGAUACCCGCAGUCACCAUGAUCAUCUAUUUUGUGAUGGUGGUACCAAUGGUUCAAGACCUCCAGGCUGUGAACCAGGCAUUGUGUGGAGGUAAUUUGGCCUUCGUAUGGGCCGAGGACAAGCGCAGAGUGACAUUACUCGCAUCAACUUCUGGAGAUGGCUGGAACGAUACUGAGGCUGAGUCCAUUCGGAUGCGAGCAAUUCUUGAGGGGACUAGCGGCAUCAGUGCAGGCACGAACGGCUCGCAGCAGGCAGCAUUUGGCGUUUGGCAAAGCAGCAUCUCUGCCUUGGCUGCUUCGUCCGACUUGUCCUUGUCAUUGUCAACCUUGGUGGAUAUGCACAACGCAGGGUGUGAAGACUUGGCAACUAGCACUCCAAUGCUGAACUACCUCCGCGACGGUUUGGGCAAUGAAAGCAUUGCGAGCUGCGCAGAUGCUGCUCAGCACUGCAACUCUGUGUCAAAGAUGCCCGAGUGGGGAGUCGAUAAUGGAAGGGGCUUUCUGACCCGAAUGCUCUGCUCUGAAACCUGUGGCUGCUCUGAUCCAGCUGGCAACUUUAUCCUGGUUCAGGGGUGUCCUUUUGGCGCAGGCAGGCCAUGCAGCUCCUCAAACAAGUUGACCACUGCCCUGCGGUCGGCGACUUGUGCGGAGAAAUCAGCGGCUGAAUUGCGGCAGAAUGAGCCCUGGACCAGCUGGGUCGAGACGAUCCGGGCUUUCGGCCAGACAUCUGGAAGCCUGUCAGGUCAAUCAGAAGCUCUAAGAUUAGCCGAGGCUAUGUGGGAUCAUGGGUGUGCAUUCGGGCAGAAUUUGACGGCCCAGAACAUCACGUGGGGGAACUGCUUUGAGUGGAACCCAUCUUUCAGCUGGGACUUUAAGACCCUGGAGUAUUUCUGCCCAACCACUUGUGGCUGUGAUCAUGCGCGGACUGGCUCCUUGUGCCCAACGCCAUUUGGAAUGGACUGCGAAGCGAUCAAACAAUGUGUAUUUGUGGGUGGCACGUACCACUGCGGCCACAAUGUUGAAUCGAGUGAAGCUAACCAAGUGGACGUGAUCGACGGCUAUUUACUUCUCGACGUGAGGAACCCAGAGCUUGCGAUGAACCACAAGGAAGAGACAGAACUCGCCCUGCGCCAGACUGUAGCCAACAUGACUGGCCAGAUCCCAGCAGAGGGCGUGCAGAUCUUUCUAGAAGACUCCCCUAGUCCUUUCAAAGCAAGCUUCUCUGUUUUCAUGGUCUUUGGCGCGGACACUGCAGCCAUCACAACAAUUAUGCUUUCAAAAUCCCUGGCAGAAAUUAGCGCCUUCCUCGCCGGCGCUCUCCAAGCGCUGCAUUUGCCAAGCGAAGGAAACGUAACGGUUCUGGCCAAUGAGAUUGGCUUUGGAGAUAGACCGCCCCGCCUGGAUGACUACGGGUAUGGAUAGUGUAGGAUGCCGUGGCCCGGCAGGCUGUGGAGAGACUUUGUCUUUUGCAACUUUGCUCCAAAGGAGAAGUUUAACAAGUUGAUUCGAUGUCUUUUGAGGCCCCUGGCCGAGCCAGCGGACCUCUUGUCAUUUGUACAAGUGACCUCUCUGGUUGCGUUUUUUUUUUGGCGAACAGCUGCGACGAAGAUC